CCGAAGAUCCGAUCAGCUCGUUGCGUGUUCCUUUCGUCAUAAUACAGUGAAUUCGGUAGCAAAUUAGUGAGCUGGUGAGCUGCGGUUCUUUUGAAAAGAGCUGUGAGCUGUCAGCUCACUUCAAUGAUUCGAUUCACUGGAACAGCUCAGGAGCGAAUUGCCCAUCUCUACAGUGUUGGCAAUUGCUUACGGACAGUAGACAAAGAAGCUCAGUAUUUCGUACUUGUCAAACAAAUUGGCUUAAUGCUGUGUUUAUAGGUUGGUUCAACACAUCACGGGAUGGAAGGUUAGAAUCGUCUUUGCUUGAUUACAGCCGUUCUGAGUAACUACAACCAUACCAAACAAACAAGCUCAAGGAACGAGCACAGAGGUUCGACAAGGAGCAAAGAUGUCACUUCGAGCUAUACAGAAGCGGGACAGGAACAAAUUAUCAUCUGCGCAACAGAAACAAAAUCACUUUAUCAACAAAAGUCGUAGCUUCGUCGGGGGUUCAACAGGCACAGUUGGCAGUAGUAGCGGUAGUGUUAGUGCUAGCGCUACUGGCAGCGGCCACGGUAAUCACCAUCAUCAGCACCAGCAUCAUAGUAGUAACCAUGAAAAGUGGAGAAAUUCAAGUACCGCCAGCAUACCAUCUUCAGCGGCAAUCGUAGGGCUGCUGAAUCACACGAAACGCUCUAUUUCCUGUCCGAGUCUGCCGAAACGCAACACGCAUCACCCGUCGAUGGUGCUACGGUUCACUAAAUCCGAGAGCGAUCUAGAAAACGUCGUGUCCCCCGGUGGGACCACAACAAAUGUCGCAUCCAGCGAUCCGGUCCAUAGUUUUAGUUCCAACAAUCUGUACCUGGGUGCCAAAUCCGAAGUGUGCCUUAAAACGUUGGCUGUGAAGAGUACCAACCAACCACCAGCACCGUUUCGUAACAGUGCCGCCAUCGUCGGGAACCGCCCCAGGAUGUACGAAAGCAGUCGACGGCAGUCCGACAGUAGCGGCACUGAUUUGGGCCGAACGGAUAAAUAUGCUGGAAUAAAUCACAACGUUGCCCUGCGGAUCCCGAUCAUCGGUUAUGAGGUCAUGGAGGAGAGAGCUCGGUUCACGAUCUUCAAGCUGCGCAUCGAAAACAGUAUCUCGCACACGUGUUGGCUAGUGCUUCGACGGUACACCGACUUCGUCCGGCUGCACAUCACCCUGCGAACGCUCUUCCCGCACUGCAAUCUUGUACUGCCAAAGAAGAAAUGGUUCGGCAACAACUUCAACAGCGGCUUCAUCGACAACCGGAUACAGGGCCUGCAGAAGUUCAUCAACACCAUCCUGGACGAUGACGCGAUGCGGACCUGUCCGACGGUGCGGGAAUUCUUCUGUCUCGAUGAACCGCCCACCUACUCGGAAAGCAUGGAGGAAUCUCGAAUAAUUUUUGAAGCUCAAGAAGAAACCAUCGCGCAUCUCAAGCAGCAGCUUCAGACCAAAGACGAGCUAAUUGCAGCCCUGCAUGCCAAGGUAGCUAGCGAAACUAAUAGGAAUAAGGUGUUGACCAAUGUAAUACGGAAUAGUUUCGAAAACUGUCCCAAGUGUGCUAAGCAGCUGGAUAACCAUUUGAAAGAGUUUUCUUACAAAUAGGAUUGUGUGGACAGCAUGCUGCAACAACGAAGAGCCAAACUCCGCUUUGAAAAUUAUGAUAUUCGUAGGAUAAGACUAUGUACUAGCAAUAAAUGAUGGAUGCCUUAGAACUGUAA